AUGGCUGUCCCCGACAAGUUCACAGGCUUCCAGUCCCCCAGCGCUGGCAGCUGGCUCGAGUUUGAAAAGAACUCAUGGGAGCCCAGACCCUUUGGCGACUACGACGUCGACAUCAAGACUGAAUGCUGCGGUGUCUGCGCCAGUGACCGUCACACCAUCAGCGGCGACUGGGGCGACUGCCCGUACCCUCUGGCCGUCGGACACGAAGUCGUCGGCAAGGUCGUCCGCGUCGGUCCCAAAGUCACUCUCGCCAAGGUCGGCCAGAGAGUCGGUGUUGGUGCUCAGGUCUACUCUUGCUUGGAGUGCCGCCAGUGCAAGAACGAGAACGAGACGUACUGCAAGCACCAGAUUGAUGCCUAUGGCGCCCCUUAUCUCGAUACCGGAUUCACCACUCAGGGAGGAUACUCUUCUCACUCUAGAACCCAUGAGUACUGGACAUACCCAAUUCCAGAUGCUCUGGAGAGCGCCGACGUAGCUCCCAUGCUAUGCGCCGGCAUCACCGUCUACAGCCCCCUGAAGCGCUUCGGCGCCGGACCAGGCAAAAAGGUCGGUGUCGUGGGCAUCGGCGGCCUGGGCCACUACGGCGUCAUCUUCGCCAAGGCUCUGGGUGCUGAAGUCUGGGCCAUUUCCCGAACUCGCGCCAAGGAGGCCGAUGCCCGCAAGAUGGGAGCCGACGGCUUCCUGGCCACCUCCGAGAAGGACUGGACCAAGGGCCACGAGAUGACCUUUGACCUCAUCAUCAACACCGCAAACUCCUUUGACGGCUUCGCUCUCGGCGAGUACCUCAGCCUGCUCGACAUCCACGGACGAUGGAACUCGGUCGGUCUCCCCGGAGGCGAGGGCAUGUCCAUCCGAAACCAGGACUUCCUCAGCAACGGCUGCUUCAUCGGCAGCUCACAUCUGGGCAGUCGCAAGGAGAUGCUGGAGAUGUUGGACCUGGCCGCCACCAAGGGCCUUCACUCCUGGGUGGAGAAGAUUCCCAUCUCCAAGGAGGGACUGCAGCAGGCCAUGAACAAGCUGGGAGACUCGAGUGUGCGGUAUAGGUCGUGCAUGGUUGACUAUGACAAGGCAUUCGGAGCGUAAUGUAUAAAAAGUAUGUAGAAAAAGAAAAAAGAUGAACGAUGUGAG